CCUUGUACGAUCCAAAAUUCAGCAUGUACGAUCCAAUUAGGAAUUUCAAAAACUUGAUGACCUUUUUUUUUUUUAGUCAUCAAAUUCUGCAAACGGGUACGAUUUUUCGAUUGUGAUUUGAAAUCUUGAGAACCACCACCGUACGAUCUGUGUACGAUUUGUGUACGAUCGAGGCUUUCUCCCUGCCGUACGUCGUUUUUACCGUUUUUACGAUAGGGUUUUGAACUUGAAGACUAAAAAAGGUCAUCAAUUUUUUUUUUAUGAUUUGGUGGUCUCCCGGUGGACUUAUCGAACCGCCGAUUAGACUCACAUUUUGAAAAUUUCAUCCGACAAAUCAAUCCGACGAUAAUUUUCCCGUGUGUACGAUAAUUUUUCGCCCCUGUGUCGAUCAGACGAACUAAAGUCUCUGGGAUCACUGGUUCCAUGAAACAGUUGUACUGUUUUCAUCCGCGUAAAUAAAAGUUUAAUGAUAAAAAUUAUUAUAUUUUUAUCAAAGAUAUAUAUUUUGCCGAUAUAAUGUUAAUUCAUUUAAUCUUUUUCUUUGGAACGGUGUUUUCAUCUGUAUUUAUAAAUGCUUUAAGUACAAAAGAAUUAGUAAUUAUAAUCUUAAGUCAAGAUGAGGGUGAUCAUUACCUUAUGGCUAAUGUUUUACAACAAAAUAUAGAGGACCAAGCCGCCAAUAUAAGUUCCGAAGCACCACGUAUCGAUCAAACUAAUCGGAUAAAUAUGAAAGGAUCAUGGACAAUCAUACCGAUAUUACAUUAUUUAGAUUUCACUUAUCCAAACACAAAGUGGUUUUUCUUCUGUAUAGAAGAUAUAGUUAUUGAUUUAAGUAAAUUGCUAACUGUAUUGUCUUCCUUUAAUUCUAGCCAGGAAUUAUUUAUUGGGCAUGCUUUGUAUGAUGAUAAACCUACUAUCAUUCAUCAUUUUGCUAGACAGAAAAAAUUUAAAUAUCCCCAUUUUGGUACCGGAUUUGCAUUGACUUCCAAUCUCUUAAAAAGAAUUUCAGAGUCUGUAAGAUUACAACCUACUAAUGAUUUUUCUAUUGAUCCUGCUUACGAAUUAGCAGAUUAUAUUUUUAAAAGCCAAAAGCCUGUUAAAUUAACUCACGUACCUGAACUAUGCGUUGUUGCUACCAAUUCUUGUGCGACAUACCCCAGAGUCUUUCAUCCACGUAGAAAAGAAAUUUCUUUAAAAAAUAUAUAUUUCGCUGUAAAAACUUGUUCCAUGUAUCACAAUAACAGAAUCCCCAUUAUUAAAAAGACAUGGGCAAAACAUGCUGUAAAUAUAGGAUAUUUCAGUGAUCAAUCGGAUAGUAACUUACCAGAAGCAUUUGUUGUAACAAAUACUACAAAAGGACACUGUGCUAAGACUUAUGAUAUUUUACAAAAAGUUAUUAAAAUAUUGGAAAGUAAAAAUAUUGAUUGGUUAAUCAUAAGCGAUGACGAUACUCUUUUCAGUGUGGCACGAUUAAUGAGUUUAUUAAAAAAUUAUUUUCCCAAACAUUCAAUUGCUAUUGGUGAACGUUAUGGUUAUCACGUAUCAGAACCAUAUGGAUAUGAUUAUUUAACUGGUGGUGCUGGUAUUAUUCUAUCUACGCCUCUUAUUUAUCAAAUAUUAGAUGUUUGUAAAUGUCCAUCAGCGAGUACACCGGAUGAUAUGUUUCUUUUUGGCAUAUGUUUAGAAAAUUUGAGAAUAAAGCCUACUCAUUCUUAUUUGUUGCACCAGGCUCGUCCUGUGGACUAUGCUACUGCUUAUCUCGCUUCGCAAGAACCAAUAUCCUUUCAUAAAUUCUGGGAAAUUGAUCCUAUAAAAGUAUAUAAUCAAUGGUUCUACGAUGCAGAUAGUUCACUUACCAAAAAACGUACCGAAUUAUAAUACUGAUGUGCAAUAAGAAUUCUUUGAUCUCAGAUAAAGAUCAAUGAUAAAACUAUUUUAUUUAUAUAAGAAAUUUUGUUAUAUAAUAUUAUUUUGUAUAGAAUGUA